GCACUCUAAAAACAGUCGUGCCGAAGAUGGCGACGUGUGAGCGGCGGCGUCCGCGCGGUGUUUAAUCGAGGAGAGAGAGAGUGAAGCGAGAGGAGGUGUAUCAUGUUGCCGCGGUCGCAAGGCCCGCAGUGUUUCCGUGAUCCGCGUUAGACUCGGCGACAAAUGUAAAAGGAAUGUCAGAGGCGAAACGGGCGCCCCUGCAGACCCUGGAGUUCCCGGAGCCCCUGGGCCACGCGACGAAGGAGAAAAAGGGGAACAUGGGCAAGCAGCUCGCGCCCUCCUUCCGCUUCGCGCUCACCCUGCCCGAGUCCAACGAGAAGACAUGCCCCGAGUUCAACUACGCGCAGCUCCUCAAGUCGGCGGAGAAAAAGCGAACGAAAGAACAAAAGGGGAGAGAUGAGAAUGCGACCAAUGGACUGGACCCGUUCGACGACGAUGAUGAGGAUAAGCUUAGAGAUAUGGCGAAACGGUUCGAGGCGAAAUAUGGAACAUCUACUAUGGGAAAGAAAAGGCACAAGUAUGACGGUUACGUGGAUUUGGGUGCGGGAUAUGACGAGAACGAUUCCUUCAUCGACAAUACUGAUGCUUAUGAUGAAAUUGUACCCGAAGAGAUGACCACAGCGCACGGAGGUUUCUAUAUUAAUUGCGGAGCUCUCGAAUUCAGAGCAGCCGAUAGACGUUCGUUAGUCCAUAAUAAUAAUAAUAAUACUAAUAAUAAUAAUAACAAUAAUAAUAAUAAUAGCGACGAUGAGGAGAGUAGUGAAAGUAGCGAAGAGGAUACCGAAGAUGUAGAUAGUCCUAAAAGAAUAGAUAAACGAAUCAUUAGCUCCUCGGAUGACGAUGAGACGGAAGAUAUUACUGGUGAAAACCCGCGAAAAAGACGGAAAAUUGAGGAAAAUAACGAGAAGAAAAUUAAUCACGAAAAUAGUAAAAAGAGGAAAAAGCCGCAAAAUUAUCAGGCACAGGACGCACAACAGCAAAAUUCUCAACAAGAUUUGGAUCUUUUGAGACGAAAGGAAAAGAAUGAAACGACAGAUGCUGAAGGAGGUACAGCCUCGGAAGAUCAAGAGGAAAAGAAAAAGUCUGACAAACCAGAGAAAAAUAAAAUAAAUGAGAAAAAGUUCGAUAUUAAAAAGUUCGAGAAAAAAUCGGCCAAUAGUAACGGAUACGACGCAAAGAAAAUAGAUCUAAAAAGACUAGACGCUAAAGACAGCAACAUUGACGAUGCGAUAGAGAGUGUCGUUAAUGCGGCUAGAGGAAUCGAAGACGAAUCGAGUCGCGAUACAAUGGAUUCGGGAAAAUCUCGCGUUCUUUACGUUGAAUCUGAUGGGGAGGAAAUGGAAAAUAAGGAAGCGUCUUUGCCCGAGAAUCUACCUGAGGAUAUAAAAGAAAUUGUGAAUAAACUAAAGCUCCAAGCAGAAAAUAACAAAGAUGGCAAAAGUAAAUUCUUUAAUAGCGCAAUUAACGAAGUACUCUUUACUUUAGAGAAGAAACUGCGAAUGUUAAAUUCGCCUAGCAUAAGAUUACAAACUUAUGGACAUCUAGUGCGGUUUUUACCUUGUAGCAAAAUUACUCUUCUCAGCAGGGCUAAGAAGCUUUAUUUGAAAGACGCUGAACAUAGAGUGAAUGAACCAAUGCAAAAAUUAAAGGCGCUUAUCGAUAAUGUUAUGCCUUCAGUUAUGGACAAAUAUAUGAAGGAAUGUCAGAAAGUUGCCGAUGAAAAUCCUCAAUUAUACUGGGAGAUAUAUCGGUACUGUUGGGGUUUUGAAGGAUCUCCUGCAGAUGCAGAGAGCAGUGAUGAAGAAGAUGGUUCGUCUAAAAACACGGAAAAGCCGAAAAUACCACGGAAACGAUUUCCAUGGACUGACGAAGCAAAGAAAUUCGUUCUUGAAAUUGCGAACGCCAGGAGACAUUACUUCAAAAUUCUCAGAACAAGAAAAGAGAGUAUGGAAUCAUUUGUUGCUACUUUCAUGGAUGCAAAUGUCUUACCAUUGUGGCCACCCGGAUACGUGCGAUUGCAAACUUUGCUAAAAUAUGCUAGUCCAAUUGAACCCGCCAUUAAAAAGAAGUUGAAGAAACCAAAAGAAAUGGUCAAUGCAAACAACGUUACCACUUCUGCCAAUACUCAAGUUUGUAAUGUUGUCGCAAAGAACGAUGCAACAAAUAUGAAUAAUCACGUGCCUCAGGAAAACGAGAGGACAAACAUGAAUGUAUCCAAAGUACAGGUCAUCGGCGAAAAUUUAACAAAUUUUGCAAGUCAAACGUCGGCGAAGUCUAGUGACGUCAAUACUGAACGGAAGCAACACAGUAGUAAAUAUAAAGAUAAGCAUAUAGAAAAUAGCGCAGGUCAAGAAGGAGUCGUGGUUCCCAAUAAUUUCACAGUUGGUAAAAUUUCUGUAGUACCUACAGCACAACUAAUGGCACAAAAACCAGUUAAGAGUCACGUUGAGAAGUUUAACUUUAUGGAUUUAACAAACAGUUCUCUGUCCAUAACACGUGUUGAUUACGACAAAGUAUCGACAAAGCUAACUGAAACAAUAAAGGAUAGAGUUUCUAUCACGGCAUGUCCGGAACCCGUAUCUCAUUCGAAAACAAAUGAAACUCCUCAAGUUGGACAUCAUUCCGCAUAUAGACAGGAUACUUCCUAUUCGUCAGCACAGGCCUUGAAACUCAGGUUCCUGCAGGAAAAUACUGAUGUUAAAUGCGAUAAGAAAUUGGAUGACAAAGAUGUCGACGCGAUGGUCAACAAGACUGAUAAAAAAGAGAAAAAACGAGAGCGAUGUGUGGAAGUCAAGCAUAAAUCGUCGCACGAUCAAAAGAAAAGAAAAAAGGAUCACAAAAUGAUUGAGCAACAGACAGGGCCUAUUAAUCAAGACGUAGUGCCUAUGCCACAACAAACGACCCUUUCGAAAGAGGAACAGGAGCAAAGGCAAAACGAGGAAACGAUUGCCGCGACUAAUUUCCUCAGUCAAAUUAUCAACGAUGAUUCUUCGCCGCGAGGAGUAUUAACUGAUAAACGGAAAGACGGUUUUAUGACAGAUGAUACCUUAGGGAAUGCGGUACAACCAACAGAACAGGAGAAGGAUGUCCAGAUGGUAAUGAGAUCGUUGAAGGAGCUGCAAGAGUUACAAGAAAUGAAAUAUUCCCCUAACAAUUCACCGGUCGCCGGUAGUAUGCAAAAGCCUGGUAAAUCGAACGCGCAGUAUGUUGCUUAUCAAGAGGAUUAUCAAAGAUUGUAUCUCAAAAAGGAUGAUAAAAUGAGGUCUAAGGAAGAAGCGCAAUGGUAGAAACGACGUAUGCUAUCGGCUGUUUGAAAUUUUCUUUUUCUUGGGAACGAUAUAGUGAUGAUCGGUUAUUAGUUUUGCGAGAGAUAAUAAACCGAACUCUUGAUAUAUUAAUGUAAUUACAUUUUGUUUCAUACGAACAAUGGAGCGAAGGCUGACAGAAACUUCUUCCACUAUGAAUUCGCCGUUAUUGGCGAUAAAAAUGCGAAAUAAAAUGCAUGCAGCUAUCGAAUAUAAGUUAGCGAUCAUACUGUGUAUGUCGUGUGUAAGGAUUUUUAAAAUAUUUUCAAAAAACCGCCAAAUUAUGUACAUACAUUAUAAAUUCGCUAGUGAUAGAGUUUCGGUUAUAUGUGUACAGUAUAAGUAUAUAAAUUAUAAAAUUCUAGAGUACUCAAGAAAUGUGGAUAUACUUGACAAAUGGACAACACGCGAAUAGCGAGCGCAAAAUAGAAUUUAUUUAAAAUUUUCUAUAUUAUAUAAUCAAAUUAAAUUUCGUUCAUAUUUACUAUGCUUAUAUAUUUUCAAAGUUUUAAUAACGAAAUUCACAUUUGCUCUCCGUUCGUUAUUUGUUCGGUGUAUGUAUAUCUUAACAAGUAUUUAUGUAAAUAAGUGAGCAGCGUCAAAUCGCUCCGUGAUUUGGGUGGAAAAUUCUACAAGAAUUUUAUUUUCAUUUAUUCGACGAGCAGUCUGUGAUUUUUUUUAUUGCGAUUUUUCCGAGGUAGGCAUUUAAUGCUUUCAGUUACACAUUUUAUUUUAAUCAUAAACAUAAGCAUUAAAUACCCAUCUCAACUAAUUUUUAAAAAAUAACGUCACAAUAUGAAAAAUAGAUUAUUAAUGCCCGUACAACUUUGCUUUACAUAUAAUUCUAUUUUUGAUCAUCCUAUGUCACAGAGCGAGAAAAAGAUGUCUUUUGUACUGUUCCUCUUUGCGUUUCGAUUAUCAUUUCGAUAAAGAUUUAGAAAGCUACCAAAGUUCGAUUUCGAUUUAAAGUUAGAUUUAAAAUGUUAAAUCUUACCACGUCUUAUUUAAAUGCUGAUAAUCUAAUAAAAUUAAAGAAAUGAUUAAAAAAAUUAUUUUUCUUUAUUAUAAUACUUUAUCAACAUUAUACAAUUUCUUAAUAUACUAAUAACACGAAAUAUCCUAAAAUCCUAAAAAAAAAACGUUAAGCUGAAUAAAAUUUAAAUAUUUUGAAAACGAAGUAUUUUCGCAACUCCGCAUUUAUGAAUUCAAUUACAUUUAGUUAGUAUUACGUAUUUGUAAAAAUUUAUCGAAAUCGGAUAUGGACAGCUUUUUAAAAUUGAGCCGUCAUUUCUCAUUACAAUGUAUGUACGCAAACGAAAGAGUACACUUAAUUCGGUAUACAUAUUAAUUUAACUUUUUGAAAUUCCAUUACUACUUUCUAUGAAUAUGAUUUGUUGUAAAUGAUUUUUUUAAUAAUAGAUUGGCGAUUCGUUAUAGGUAAUUAUAAUUAUAAAUGCACUGGCGAUUGCAUAGAAUAAUUAGAAUGCAAACCGGCGGUACUGGAUACGCGCAUUAUUUUUUUGAUAGGAGCAAAAAGUCAUAAUACUUCCACUGUACAUUACCUUCGCCAGGUCUUUUUUUUGUCGUAACAUCACAAUAAAAUGUAUUUUCAAUGCUUCAUAGUGUCAGAGGAGGGAAUGCGAUUAUCAUUAGAUUAGCUGAAGAAGACGCGAGCAUCCGUUGCUUUCUCGACUUGCAGAUUUGUGUGGCUUUGUAUGUGGCUUGACUGAACAAUAGAUACGUUAGAUAGUGCGGAGAGGAAACAAGUGCGAAAGGACGUGUGAGAGAAAGAGAGAGAAAUGUCUAAGCGAUAGAUGAGAGUGCGUGAAAAAACGAAAGAACGAGAGACAACUAGAAUAUUUUUGGAAUACAUAAAGAUGACUAGUACUGUA